CGAAAAGCCCACAGAAAAAGGAAGGGUAUUGUGGUACAUAACGUGCAACCAGCUUUCCAAGCGGAAAUCUCAUACAGGCGCAUCCUCACUGCAUCAGGCGCGGCAUAUUCCCUCUGUUUCGGUUCGUUCUUGUCUUCUUUUACCUCAAACAGGGUUACCACAUCCUCUUUUCGUCUCGCUUUCUGCUCCUCAAACUCCCAAAUCGAUAUCGCAAGGAUUCAGAUCUGACUACUGCACAUUCAAUCAUGGCCACUCCUGAGGUCCUGCAGCUCGUUGAAGAAGGUUUUCUUUCAUCUCAUCUCCUUGCUUCUUCAAAAGGUCAGCAACAGAAGAUCUCGGAGAUGGAUAAACGAUCGAUUGUUGAUGGAACUUGUUCCUCGCUUGAAUGCGGAAGAAAUUAGAGGCUUGUUUGCUCCACCACCUUGGGGUAAUUAUAUCUAAGCCUAAAUGGCGGAACUUUCAGCUUGUUAGCAGCUCAGGAUACAUAGUUCUUGGAGCAAGGCUCAUAAAGCAAUCUAAAGAGCUAUUUGGUGAUGAUGUACCACCGUCACCCUUUAGCAUGACUAACGUGGGAGAGUGGGAGAAAUUUAGGAACAUAGACAUGGACAAAGAGGCUCAUAUUAUUGAUUCCUUAAAUAGCUCAUCGACAAAGAGGAGGGGUCAUGUUGAUGCUAACAAGUUAGCUGUCUUAAAAGCAUGGCGAAGAAUAGAUUGCCGAACAAGAGAGGCGCUUCGCCGUAGCUUUCUUACAGAUCUCAUUGAAGGCUAUGAGGCAUGCAUACGAGCCUUCAUCCAGGAGAGUGGAGAUGAAGAUGUUCUAGCAUUGCAAGUUCAAGAUCCCUUUCAUAGAUUGUUGCUGCAUGGUGUCUGUGAGUUCUACAACUUGGUAUCAGUGACAGUGUCCGAGACCAAGGACACAGAUUCAUUGAAGACAACUAGGAUAAAGAAGAAGAAAAUGGGUGUGGUUGAUGUUCCAAAUAUCACGUUGUCUCAUUUUCUGAAAAUGUCGAAGGAAGGUGUUUGGUGAUCUAAUUUGGCAACUGGAGCGCCAUGUUCGGUAUAUAAAUAAAAGUCUCGGUGAUCCAUGCUGGACUCUGAAAUGUGAAUGUAGCAUUUUAUCCCUCUGUACCAUUUAUAACAUGUAGUUUAUAGACGUCUGGCUUCUGUGAUGCUGGAUCGUCUGAAUGUACAAAUAUGUUUCCGAUCAACCAGAGGUUGAUUGUAGGUCUUAGUGGGUUAAUUCAUUUGAUUCACUUCUAUGUAAUGGAUGGAUUUGAAGUUGCAUUUUCUAUUGCCUCUGCUGCUUGCCGAGGAUUAGUAUGAAAUGUGACAGACCUCUAAACUU